AUGAAUCCGGAAUACGACUAUCUCUUCAAGCUCCUCCUCAUCGGUGACUCGGGUGUGGGCAAGUCCUGCCUUUUACUCAGAUUUGCAGAUGACACAUACACAGAAAGCUAUAUCAGUACAAUUGGUGUAGACUUUAAAAUUAGAACAGUAGAGCUGGAUGGGAAGACAAUAAAGUUACAAAUAUGGGAUACAGCUGGACAAGAGAGGUUUAGGACCAUUACUUCAUCUUACUACAGAGGAGCACAUGGAAUCAUUAUAGUGUAUGACUGCACAGAUCAGGAUUCAUUCAGCAAUGUGAAACAGUGGCUGGAGGAAAUUGAUCGUUAUGCAUGUGACAAUGUGAACAAGCUUCUGGUUGGCAACAAGUGUGACCUUACCACUAAGAAGGUUGUCGACUACACCACAGCCAAUCAAUACGCCGAGCAGCUGGGCAUACCGUUUCUCGAGACGUCGGCGAAGAACUCGACAAACGUUGAGCAGGCGUUCAUGACGAUGGCGGCUGAGAUCAAGGCGCGCGUGGGCCCGCCCUCGGCCGGUGCGCCGCCCGGCGCGGCCGUCAAGAUCGACCAGGGCCGCCCCGUCGACACCGGGAAGUCCUCCUGCUGC